AUGGUUCGUUACGCCGCCGCCGCUACCGCCACCAACCCCGAGAAGACUUCGCGUGCUCGGGGUGAGUACCUCCGCACGCACUUCAAGAACAUGCGUGAAGUCGCGGCGGCUCUGACUGGUCGAGGAUCUGAAAGUUGCGGGAACACAGGUCUUAAGCUGACCAAGGCAUACACCUACCUCAGCGACGUGAAGGAACACAAGCAGAUUAUCCCCUUCCGUCGCUUUGCGGGUGGUGUUGGACGUGCGAGCCAGGCGAAGCAGUUCAAGGCGACUCAGGGUCGCUGGCCCGAGAAGUCUGUCCGCUUCAUCCUACGCCUCCUCAAGAACGCAGAAUCGAAUGCUGACGCGAAAAACCUGGAGCUCGAAGAUCUUUACAUCAAGAACAUUGUUGUGCAGCAGGCACCCAAAACCCGCCGCCGCACAUACCGUGCACACGGUCGCAUCAACCCCUACCAGGGUCACCCUUGCCACGUCGAGAUCAUCUUGUCCGCAACCGACUCCGAGGUCGAGCGCAGCAAAGACAAAGAUGUCGCAACGACAUCUCUCUCUGGCCUCAACCGGCGACAGGUCGCGCGCAGGCGGAUUGAGGCUGCCCGGACGACUGCAUAA